AUGUUAGAGACUAGUGCUGGAAUACUGCUUCUGUUUGAUGUUGGGACUGUACUUGUUGCCUUGAUGUGGACUUUCAACUUGUAUAAGAGGCCGAAAAUCACUGCUGCACACCUAGCAGUAAUUCUACCACUUGCUGUGGUGCAUACCUUGGGCAACCUCUUUACUGAUGUGAGUCUAGGAAAAGUGGCUGUUUCUUUCACUCGCACGAUUAAAGCUAUGGAGUCAUUCUUCUCAGUUCUGUUUUCUCCAAUGUUUUUAGGGGAGGAAAUUUCUUGUUUACUGCCAACUCCUUGGGUAGUUGGUUCCCUUGUACCAAUUGUUGGAGGAGUUGUACUUGCGUCUGCUACUGAAUCCUCAUUUAAUUGGGCUGGAUUUUGGAGUGCAAUGGCUUCCAAUUUAACAAACCAGUCCCGUAACGUUCUUAGCAGAAAAGUUAUGGUUAAGAAAGAGGACUCGAUGGACAACAUUAACCUCUCCUCGAUUAUAACAAUUAUGUCCUUUUUCUUGCUAGCCCCUGUGGCUAUCUAUAAAGGCAUAACAUUUACCCCUGCCUACUUGCAAUCUGUUGGUUUAAAUGUUAAAGAAGUUGCUGUAAGAUCUCUGCUUGCUGCUCUUUCCUUCCAUGCCUAUCAGCAGGUUUCAUAUAUGAUACUGCAAAGGGUAUCCCCGGUUACUCAUUCUGUGGGCAACUGUGUAAAGCGCGUGGCGGUUAUUGUCAGCUCUGUUAUUUUCUUUAAGACACCGGUCUCUUAUAUCAAUGCUCUUGGAACCGGAAUCGCUCUUGCUGGAGUUUUCCUGUAUUCUAGGGUGAAGCGCAUAAAGGCAAAGGCAAAGGCAAAGGCAGCAUAAUAGUUUUGCCUGAUAUGUUCAAGUUUUAUCCCACAGAUUGAAGGACUUGUUGGUAGUUUAGGCAUAUCUAUUUUUGGUUUUUUUCGUAUUUGGAUCAUUUUAAUUCUUUUUUUUGGCUGAUU